CCCCUCAAACCGACGCAUUCAUAUCUGUCGAUGAAAAACUGAAAGUUCCAAAUCAUCUCUCUCUCCCGACACAUGAUUCCAAUUACGGGACUUGCUUCUGUCAUCUACAAUGGCGUCCCACUUCUCCCGAAACUCGAUUCAACCUUGUUCAGGGUUACUCCGAAGCUAUCCACGCUUCAAUUUUAUCACCUUCCCUCCUCAUCUUUAGUCGGCUGGCGUUGCCGUCGGGCGAAUUAUUCACCAAUUGCCUGUUCGAGAGGAACUGAGCAGGAGGAAGGGAUAUCUAAUUCAGUUUUGGUUAACUUCUCUGAAUACGACAUUUUGCUCAAAUGUAUCUCAGAAGGAGACAGAUCCAGUUCCCAGUCACCUGAAAGCAUUAGAAAUGUUGAGAGCUCUUACUUUACCCCUUCCAGUAGCCCGAAGGAAAAGAAAAGUGCGCCUGAAAAUUAUGCUUCCUCUAUUAGAACUGUUGCCUUAUGCGUAUCCACAGCAGUUGCAUUUGGUGUUGGGUUGGGUUUCAAAGAUGGUGUUGGCAAGGCAUCUGAAUUUUUUGCUGGGUACUUACUGGAACAAAGUUUAUCGGUGGACAAUCUAUUUGUCUUUGUUUUGAUUUUCAAAUACUUCAAAGUGCCUCUUUCAUAUCAGAACCGGGUGCUUUCUUAUGGUAUUGCUGGUGCAAUAGUCUUCCGGUUGUCUAUAAUUCUUCUAGGAUCAGUAACUCUUCAGAGAUUCGAGGCAGUAAACCUGGUACUGGCUGCAAUACUUCUUUACUCAUCAUUCAAGCUAUUUGGUAGUGAAGAAGAAGACUCUGAUCUUUCAGACAACGUUAUAGUGAAGACAUGCCAGAAGUUUAUCCCUGUCACGUCUAACUAUGAUGGAAAUCGGUUCAUAACACUUCAGGAUGGUGUGUGGAAAGCCACACCUUUACUUCUAACGGUUGCAGUUAUUGAGCUUAGUGAUAUUGCAUUUGCAGUUGACUCUAUACCAGCCGUUUUUGGUGUUACUCGAGACCCUUUCAUAGUUUUCACAUCUAACCUCUUCGCCAUCCUAGGUCUAAGGUCGCUUUACACCCUCAUUUCUGAAGGUAUGGCCGACUUGGAGUAUUUACAGCCCUCCAUUGGUGUUGUUCUGGGCUUUAUUGGCUGUAAGAUGAUCUUAGAUUUCUUUGGUUAUCACGUAUCAACUGAGGUUUCUCUUGGUGUCGUAGCUACUACUCUUACUGCUGGGGUGUUGCUGAGUUUAAUGAAGAAGUCUGAUGAGAAUUAGAUGAAGAACCUAAGCGGGUUCGUAAUUGUGUUUUGCUAAGUUAUUUUUGUUGUUACGCAAUUAUAUCGAGUUUUUAUUUUUAUUUUUGCUCCAUCCCUGUCUAGCUUUUAGCUAGCAAGUGAAUUGGUGGCAACUGCAUUGUUGUAUAGUUGGAUCUUGGAGAUUUGGAGCAGUAGAUAAGGAAGUUGUUUCGGAUGAAACACUGUAAAAUUGAGCUUGUAUCAGGAGACAAGAAUGCCUUCUACAGGGGAAAAAAAAAGGGAAAAUAAUGGUUUGUUUUGGACUUGCACGAGCUCCUUUGGUCUGGAGUUUGGGGGUGAUUGUUGCAGCUCAAUGUACGAUAAUAGUUGAAGGCAGAGGUCAAAAGGCAUUGACAUGAACUUUCUUAGGCUAUGUUUGGUAAUAGUACUUUGUUUAGUCUUUUAUUUGUGUUUAAUACUUUUGUUUACAGGA